AUGUUUUUAUUAUUUUUAUUGGGAACAGUAAAGAUCCAUUUUUGUAAUACUACUGUUCAAAUUGCUGUUCUUCUACCAACUGAUCCUCAAUUACCAUUUGCUAUGCAAAAAGUUAAACCAGCUAUUGAUUUAGCUGUUUUAGAAAUACAGAAACGUGGCUUAUUGCUUAAUCGAAAAUCAUUUGAUGUUCGUUAUGGUGAUACAAAUUCAUCGUAUAUUGUUGGCCCUCUAUUAGCUAUUGAUUUUUAUGCUAAUCGACAAGCUCAUGUAUUCUUAGGACCUGUUGAUGGUCCAGGUUUAGCUGCUGUUUCAAGAUAUUCACCACAUUGGCGGAUACCUGUCAUAUCACCAGGAGGUGGUUUUAAUUAUCAUUUUGAUAAUAAACGUGAAUAUCAAUUAUUGACAAGAAUGCUUCAUUCAUCUAAAACUAUAGUUCAUUUUAUAUCACGUGUAAUUUUACCACAUUUUAAUUGGACUAGUGUACGAAUUAUAGCUGAAAGAAAUGUUGUUGAAGCCCAAAGUGAAUGUUAUAUGUUAAUGGGUGCUUUAUGUCGAACAUUACGCAAUCCAAAUAGUAAAGGCGAAUCAAAAGACACAUGUUCUCAUUCCAUAUUUGAUGUUGAUCGAAAAAAUGAAACAAAAGAAAAAUUACGUAAAACAUUAAAUGAUGCAAAAACUGAAGCAAGAAUUUUAUUUAUAUGUAUGGAUUCAUUGCUAUUUCGAGAUUUUCUUCUAAUGGCUUAUGAUCUGGAUAUGAUCAAUGGAGAAUAUGUUUUUGUUUAUUUAGAUAUUUUUCGAUUGAUGAGAAAAGAUAUGAAUUUAAUUGGAUGGUAUAAAAAUGAUUCAAGUGAAGCAGAAAAUAGUAAAGCUCGUCGUGCUUUUGAAACAGUUCUAAUAUUAGCAGUUAAAAAACCAGAUACUGAACGAUACCGACAUUUUUCUUAUCAAGUUAAUACAUUACAAGGAGGAAUAAAUAAUGAAAGUAGUUCAAUGGAAAAACUUGUGAAUCCAUAUGUUGCGACAUUUUAUGAUGCUGUUUUACUUUAUGCAUACGGAUUAAAUCGUACAAUAGAAGCACAUGAAAAUGCUAGUGAUGGAUUUGCUGUUGUACAUAAAAUGUGGAAUGUUAGUUUUGAAGGAUCAAAUGGUAUUGUACAAAUUAGUGAAACUGGUGAUCGUGUUAGUGAUUAUUCGUUAUUUGAUCUUAAUACAAAAAAUGGUCAAUUUGAAGAAGUAGGAACUUAUUUUGGUGUUAAUUCAUCAUUUAUCCUAUCGAAAGAUAUUUAUUGGAUUGAUGAGGUCAAAAAAACACCAGUUGAUGUUCCCCCUUGCGGUUUCGACGGAAGUAAAUGUUUUGUACAUAAAAAUCCAGCAUUACCGUGGAUAUAUUUUACUGCAAGUGUAACAUCAGUUAUUAUUGUAUUGAUUAUAGCUGCAUUUUGGUAUUUUAAACGUGUUAGUUUUGAAGCACAACUUAGAGCAAUGAAUUGGAUUAUUGAACCAGAUGAUCUAUUUACAAUGGAAGAUAUUGGAAUUAAUAAAUACAAACAAAUCAAACGAGGAGAUCGACAUAAACGUGCUUCUAUGCAUCAUAUUGCUUUAUUUGAAGAAGACAAUGAUACAGAGAAUGGUGCACCCGUAAAAACAGCUCGAUUUAAGGGAUCAAUAGUAGCAUUAAAAUUAGUUCAAAAUAAAUCAAGAAUUGAUGUUAAUCGAUUAUUACUCAUGGAAAUAAAAACUAUUAAAGAUAUGCAAAGUGAAUAUCUUCUUCGAUUUAUUGGUGCAUGUAUUGAUCCAGCAUGUUUAGUUAAUGAAUAUUGUUCAAAAGGAAAUUUACAGGAUCUUCUUGAAAAUCCUCAAAUAAAACUUGAUGAUAUGUUUAAAUAUUCUAUUAUUCAUGAUAUUGUCAAAGGAAUUUUAUACAUUCAUAACAGUGAUCUACAAUCCCAUGGAAAUUUAAAAAGUACAAAUUGUCUUGUUGGUAGUCGUUUCGUUGUUAAAAUUUCCGAUUAUGGUGUUCCAUCUCUUCGUUGUCCUCUCCAUCAAAAACAUCCACCUAAUAGCGAACAAUAUUAUAAAUCAUUGCUUUGGUCACCACCGGAAGUCAUACGUGAUCUACAUGCUCCUGUUUUAGGUACACAAAAAGGUGAUGUAUAUAGUUUUUCAAUAAUACUCCAUGAAAUUAUAUAUCGACGUGGCCUUUUUGCAAUAAAUGAAACAAGUGUAGCACCAAAAGAAAUUUUUCUAUCAAUUAAAUCCGGAAAUGAAAUUCGACCACCAUUUCUUGGUGAGAAUACACUUUUUGAAAUAGGUAAUCUGAUGAAACGUUGUUGGCAAGAAAUUCCUACGGAUCGACCAGAUUUUACAUCAGUUUUUAAUACAAUUAAAAAAUUAAGCAAAAAAUAUGAUAAUGAAAAUCUUGUUGAUAAUCUUUUACAACGUAUGGAACAAUAUACAAAUAAUCUUGAAGAACUUGUUAAAGAACGUACAAAUGAUUAUUUAGUUGAAAAGAAAAAAGCUGAAGAAUUACUUUAUCGUUUAUUACCACAGUCUGUUACAACUGAAUUGAUGGCUGGUAAACAAGUAACAGCUGAAUCAUUUGAAUGUGUAACUAUUUAUUUUUCGGAUAUUGUUGGCUUUACGAAAAUAUCAGCGGAAAGUACACCAUUACAAAUUGUUUCUUUACUUAAUGAUCUUUAUACAUGUUUUGAUUCAAUUAUUGAAGCAUUUGAUAUUUAUAAAGUUGAAACAAUUGGUGAUGCUUAUAUGGUUGUUAGUGGUUUACCAACACGUAAUGGUGAUUUACAUGCACGUGAAAUUUCACGUAUGGCUUUAACAAUUCUUGAUGCUGUCAUACAUUUUCGUAUUCGACAUCGACCUGAUGAACAAUUAAAAAUUCGUAUUGGUCUUCAUUCAGGUCCAUGUGUUGCCGGUGUUGUAGGUUUAAAAAUGCCAAGAUAUUGUCUAUUUGGUGAUACAGUUAAUGUUGCUUCACGUAUGGAAUCUAAUGGACAAGCAUUACGAAUUCAUGUAUCACCUUUUACUAAAAAUUUACUUGAUAAAUUUGAAACAUUUCUGUUUGAAGCUCGUGGAGAAGUUAAUCUUAAAGGUAAAGGUGAUAUGUUAACUUAUUGGUUAUUAGGUGAACGCGAUGGUUUACAAGUACCAUUUAGCAAUGAUUCCGAUCUUAAUGAUAAUAAGCAUACAGUAGAGAAAUGA